AUGGCAAGCGUCUUCGGCCUGGUCCUGCCGUUCUUCGGGCUGAUUGCCCUGGGGUUCGUGACCGCCCGCGUGACGCGCCAGCCGCUCGAAGCGCUGGGCUGGAUGAACACGUUCAUCAUCUAUGUCGCGCUACCGGCGCUGUUCUUCAAUCUACUGGCCAAAACACCGGUCGAGGAACUGACCCAGUGGCGAUUCAUCGUCGGCACCACGCUGUCCACAUUCGCCGUCUUCGCGCUGAUGUUCGUCAUCGGGAUUUUCCGCACGCGCGGCCGGGUGGACGAGAGCACGGUGAUGGGGCUCGCCGGCGCCUACGGCAACAUCGGCUAUAUGGGGCCGGGGCUGGCGCUUCUGGCGUUCGGCGAAGCGGCCGUCGUGCCGGUCGCGCUGGUGUUCUGCUUCGACAACACGCUGCACUUCGUCAUCGCGCCGCUGAUGAUGGCGCUGGCCGACGAUUCGCCGGACCGUCCGCCGGCGUGGAAGCUGGCGCUCGAUGUCGCAGGGCGCAUCCUGCUGCACCCGUUCAUCCUGGCGACGAUUGUCGGGAUCACCGCCGCCAUUGCCGGCUUCCGCCCGCCGGCGGCCGCGCAGACGCUGCUCGACUAUCUGGCCGGCGCGGCCGCUCCUUGUGCGCUGUUCGCCAUGGGCGUCACGCUGGCGUUGCGCCCGCUCCGGCGCAUCCCCGCGGAGACCGCGUUCAUCGUGCCGAUCAAGCUGAUCGUGCAUCCGGUCAUCGCCUAUGUGCUGGUCUCGUAUAUCGGCGAUUUUCCGCCGGUCUGGGUCUACUCGGCCAUGCUGCUGGCGGCGCUGCCGAGCGCCACCAACGUCUUCGUCAUCGCCCAGCAAUAUGGUGUGUGGGUCGAGCGCGCCUCGGCCAUGGUGCUGCUGACCACGGUGGGCUCGGUCGCCACCGUCACGCUGCUGCUCUACCUGAUGACCAAUUCUAUCCUGCCGCCCGAUCUGUUCUGA